AUGAUGUUCGCCGCUAGAGUGUUUGCCAGGGAUGUGUUGCAAAGCACGUUGUUCACUCUCAUCGCUGCCAUAUUCCAGGGAUUUUCACUGAUUUGGUUUGUACUGUCUUACGUGCCAGGUGGUGAAAGGGGACUCCGUUUUCUAACUACCCUUUGCACCGGUUUCCUAAGAAAAUCUCCAACUACCGUGCUUCCUAUCUAA